AUGUCAGCAUCUCUCAAUGAUGAUGUAGUCGAAGAACACAACAACAACCAUUCAUCAACAAAACAAGAAGAAUUGUUGAUGACAGAGUCUUCGAGCUCAAGUGGUACUGCUAGCAACAACAACACUAUGACGAAUGAUUCGACUUCUGUCGCUCCAACAACAACUACACCAGUUUUAGAAACAACAACAACAGAUACUGAAUCAUCCAUUUCAUUCUCUUCUUCCAAUAUUAUUUCUGAUGACCAUCAUGAUAAUAACAACAACAACAUUCAAAACAACAACAAUACACAAAGACCAUCCAUGUCUACAACAACCCCAGUGAUUGUACAUUUACCCAGAAUAGAAAGCGAUGAUUCCACUUCUGCCUAUGUCUAUGAGACAGUUUCUGCUGAUGAUGAAAAUGUGGCAGUGAUUGGUUCUCUCGCAGAGAAUGAUGAUGAUCUACUUCAUAGACGAGUCGGAGACAAGUAUCAUUCUUUAUUUACAACCAUAGAUUUGAAUACACCGGUAACACCACCUGGAUCCGUUCCUUCUUUGACCCAUCAUCAUCAUGAUGCUGAAGAAGAAGAGCACCAUGAUGAAAACUAUAUUCAUCCUACAAAUUUGAAUCAAAAUAAUGAAUCUGCAUCGGUCGUCGUUGUGCCGUUAUCCUUGAAUACGACGACCUUGUUGCAACUACCCUCCUCCGCACGGAAUGAGGACGGUACCAAUUCCAACACGACACCUACAACAGCAGCAAGUAAUACCAGUGAGGAUGUUGUGUUUGGAUCGGUCGUUGUGGUUUCAUCAUCAUCAUCAGUUUCGCCUUCCACUCAUGAAUCGUCAUCCAACCAACACACAAAUACUACGAAUCAUCAUUCUGAUCAUGAUACAACCGUUGCUGCUCUCAGCACUUCAAAUACUGGUAUGAGUAGUGGACCUACCGAUGAAUCUGAGAGAUCAGAAGAAUCAUCUUUGAGAGCCUCUACCGCAACGACUCAUACCGAUGAUGAUUCAUCCUCUCAUCAUGAAGUCUUUUCGGCAACAUCAGGAUACCAUGAUCAUCAAAAUUCCAUGCCUCUUCUUCAUGGUGAACCAUCCUCCUCAUAUUCAUCAUACAACAGCAAUAACAACAGCAUCAUGAACCAUGAAAAGUCUCACGUUUCCUUCUCUGCAUACGAUCAAAACGAUCUUCUUCUUCAAGUGGAUGAUCAACAUUUACCAUUGUGGAUGAAAGUUGAGGAACGUUUAAAUGUUCACGCCGAGCCUAAACCUGUUUUCCAUCCUCUUCCUCCUGCCACACAUCCUGCUAUCAAUAUUCCUGAAUUGGAUCACUCCAAGUAUCCACACUUGCAAGAAUGUCAUCGUAUGAGCUUUGAGCCUUUCACUGUACUUGAGAGAGAGGAUCCAUUUGUGUACAGAGCAGUACAAUUUAAAUCACUUUCAGAUCAUCAUUCUGGUGGCACUCAUCAUCAAGAGAGUGUCUCAAAUUUAUCUUCCAAUAAUUUAUUGAGUUUGACAUUGUCACAACAUAACAACACUUCAUCGCAAAAUCAAAAUACUGGUCCCGGAAAGAGUAUUGUUGAUUCUUUCUUUAAAGCUCUCUAUCAUUUGGAUUCAAUGGCAACCAAUACCCAACUAGGAAAGGAUCAAAUUCAAGUCAGCAAUACAACUCAUUCACAAGCUCUUUUGCAUGAUGAAACUACUGUUGGAAAUGUUGACUCUUCGCAUGAAGAUCUUUCAGAGGCUCAACAUUCAUUGUCUCCACUGAAGGGCUCAUUGCGAAACAUCAAGAAUGAAGAAGGUCUUGACGGAAAGAGGAAAGGAAGUCUCUUUGCUUUGAAAUUAAACAAGACUCAUUCAAGCGUUCCAUCUUCAGGACAACUCGAUUCACACAGAGGAGCAGUACCAAAACUUGGUGAUGGUAAAAUGCUAUUGGAUGGAUACGAUUUCCUCGAGAUGGCUGUCAUAGGAGAUCAAGAAAAUCAAGGUGGUACAACCAACACUGACACAAAUAAUCAAAAUCAAACUCCCUCAACAGGUACACCCUCUACAAAUCAACCAACAACAUUUGAUUCCAAUCAGGUACAAGAAGAGGUCGAUCCAGAAGAACAAUAUUUGAAAAAGUUGAGCUUGGUUGAAUUUGCAAAACACUCCAGUGCCAAGAGACGUGUGAAGCAAUUUGAUUUCAUUUCUGCAGAUUCUACCUUUGAAAAACCUCCACUCAUUAAGAAGAGAUCUCUUCCUUUGGGAUCUCCAACAAGCGAAGAGCCGCCAUCCAUUUUCAACCCAGAAACUGGAGCACUCCAAAUUACUGAUAACGAAGUUUUGCCUUCAUCUACUGCAAGACUUAUGAGCUGUUUGAAGCCUAAUUUCAAAUAUCGACCAUUGGAAACAUCAAUGUGCUUCCGUCAACCUCAGAAUCAAGCUAAUUUGACAUAUCCAAUGAAAAAGAGAACACAAAUGGUGAUAUCAUUUUAUUCAUCACCUAAAUUUGAACGUCCCACCAAUGAAAUUAAUUAUUACUCAAUUGCUCUGUAUGAUCUAGAGAGAGGAGCAAAAGUUAGUGAGGAUUUUCAUUUCCACUUUGUGGCCCCUGAACAAUUAGAAACUCUUUCUCCUUGGGUACAAGACUAUCUUCAAACCAUCACUCCAAUUUCUUCACCUACAGCUCAAGAAAAAGUACUUACUCCAAGAGGAGGUGAGAGUCCAACUCCAACUAUCACUGUAGAACAGAAGUGCCUGUUCAGCGUCACGUAUCCCAAUGACCAAAUUUACCUCGUUAUUCAAGUUUAUCGACUUCCAACUUCUGGCAUUAAGGAUGCACUGAAGUUGUACAAGAAAGAUUCAAAACAAAGUGAAAUUAAUGAUUUGGAAAAGCAAUAUGUUGAGCUGAAACAACAGGUCGCUCAUUUCAGACAAGCAAUAAUGUUUGGUUACAUGCCUUUAUUUAGCAAGCGAGGAAACGUAAUUCAUUUAAUGUCAACCAAAUUCGAAGUGAAACCCAUGUACUCCAUUGAAGGAUACGAUUACAAGAAUAAUUUCGAUGUGAUAUCAGUCAUUAAAACCAUUCAAAAAGAAAAGAAGUUAAAGAACAUGACACAAGUGGAUGGCGGAUUUCUAUUUAGAGCUGAAAUUUAUAGACCUCUCUCAAACAGUUCCAAGAGAUACUACCACAAACAUCGUUCAAAUGAGCACAGCAUUCUAAAUAAUGUGCACCAAAUUGUUGGAUCAGGAUCGAACCAAUCAUAUAUUUCUAGCCCUCAAAGCACAGAUAAUCAAUUAGAUGACGAACAUCAAUUUCCAAUGCUCACAAUGCUCUUGGCUUUGGAUCUUCUUCUCUAUCCAACUCAACGCCUUCACCUCUCUCUCCUUCAAAUUCGCUUCUUAAAGAGCGUUUGUUGA